AUGCACCUGGCGGUGACGGAGCUCGUGGUUCCGACCAAUCAGAGCCAGGCGGCGUGCGAGCUGCCGUACCAAGAUGGCCGCCUGCCGCUGCUGGUCCUGUACGGCGGCGUGCUGGCCGUGGGGUUUCCCGCCAACCUGCUGACGCUGCGUCUCACCUGGCUGCAGGUGCGGCGCCGCAGCGUGCUGGCGGUCUACCUGCUGGCGCUGUCGCUGUGUGACCUCAGCUACCUCAGCACGCUGCCGCUGUGGGCGCGCUACGUGCACGCCGGCCGCGUCUGGCCCUUUAGCUCCGCCUCCUGCCGGCUGACCGGCUUCCUGUUCUUCACCAACAUGUACGUGAGCAUCUUCCUGCUGGUGUGCGUGUCAUGUGACCGCUACGUGGCCGUCGUCUACAGUCUGGAGUCCCGCGGUCUGCGGCGCCGGCGCCAUGCUGCCGGCGUGACGCUGGCGGUGCUGCUGGCGGUGAGCGUGGGCCACGCGCCCGUGUUCUCCAUGCGGGAGGGCGAGGGCGGCGAGGGCGAGCGCCGCUGCUUCGAGCCGGGACGCAGCGCCACGGUAACGGGCUUCUACUACGCCCGCUUCCUGCUGGGCUUCCUGCUGCCGCUGCUGUUGCUCGUGGCGACCAACCGCGGCGUGCUGGCCGGCGUGCGGCGCAGCACCGGCCUGCGGCGCCAGCAGAAGGAGCGCGUGCGGCGGCUGGCGUUCGCCGUGGUGAUGCUGUUCCUGGUCUGCUUCGCCCCGUACCACCUGGUGCUGCUGCUGCGCGCUCUGCUCCACGGCGCCCCCUCGCUGCACGGCUGCACGCUGCAGCGCCGCCUCGACGCCGCGUACACCGCCUCGCUCGCCCUCAGCACCGUCAACAGCGCCGCCAACCCGCUGCUCUACGUGCUGAGCGGGCAGCUGAGGGGGGGCGCCUCCCGCCUCUGGACCCGCCUCAGACCCAAACACAACCAGAACCAGGAUCAGAACCAGAGCCAGAGCCAGAGCCAGAACCAGAACAGGAAGUCGUCUCCGGACUCGCGUCCAGGGAAACCGCCGGGCAGCUGA